AUGGAAAGCUGCAAAAUUCUGAAAAAUGAAGUUCAAGUUAUUGAUGCUGUGCAGGAGCCUAAUGUGACCUGUAUACUGAACAAUAUUACAGAAUCAAAAACAUUGUUCUGCUCAGUUUCAUCUCAGUUCCAAACAACCUUUGAAUGGACUGGGUCUAAUUCAAUACAACACUCUGGGCAAGAACUUCAUAUCAACAAGAAGGAGAAGCCUGAUUCAGUCUUUACUUGCACUGUGAAAAAUGAAGUUAGCCAAAAAGAGCACCAGUUUUGCUUUAAAGACUGCCUCACAGAAACAGAUGGGAAUAUCAUUCUACCAGUUAUUUUAGCCAUCAUUGUUACUAUUGCCGUGGUGAUCAUAAUGGCUGUUGCCUUUUACUUCAUUUGCCAAAGACGAGAUGAAGAUCUUAACCAGGCUCUCAGAAACGAUCAUGUUUCAGAGUACAAUGCAAAACAGGAUACAAAUGAAGAUGCAGAUGAGUCUGAAAACAAUGAAGAAACAAUGGGUGAUUAUAAAUGUACUAAGUACAAAGUUAGGAAGAUGUUAACCAGCCCCUCAAAAACAAUCAUGUUGAAAGACAGCUAUAAAGAACGGGACAUAAAUAAAGAUGGAGCUGCGUCUUGA